AUGUCCGUAACGCUGACCAGUCCUAACGUUUUUAUGAAGAAACAAAUGAAUUUUCCAAUUAAACGUGAAUUUGAGGAUUACACUGAUAAGAAGGAUGAUAACGAUGCGUCCUUCAGCGACGGUAACUCUGAGGCGAGUGACGUUGAAAACAAUCCUAAUGACGAAGCUAAUUCAGCUUUAGAUUAUACAGAGAAUACGCUAUCACAACCAAUGGCGGACUUCAUUAAAAAAGAAUUCCUACCAGAAUUCGAUUUCACGAAUCCAUUUAGAAACCAGAACCUCGCUUUUAAAGAUGGCUUUCAAAACACCAGAUCACCUUUUCUAUUACCGUCCCAGUUAUAUAAAAGUUUUCUGGCUACCCUCGGCAAGAGAAGAAGAAAUAUCACUGAUUGUUACUCGCUGUACUCAAGAAAUAUGUUAUUCAGUAACACAUUAGGCCUUGAAACUGAUUUACCUGAUGAUGAAAAUGCUGAUAGAAUCACAAAUUCACCUGAUGAGAAGGCUGGAGCUUCAUCAGCGUUCGUGUGGAGUGGUGGGGGGGUGACGGGAGGAGGGGGCCAGGAACAGCCAGCGCCGCAGCCCGCCGCCGUGCCUACUGGUACGUCAGGCGGCGGCGGGGCGCAGGGUCUAGUUCACUGGAUGUCUGUGAUGGCUGAGCACAUGGGUGGUGGUCACCACGACUCACAUUAUGCGCUACCACCAUGGAACAAUGGCAGUGUCGAUAGUAGACAAAACCUGUUUAGCGAUUCUGAACGCAUCAUUACCACAUUUCUUUAUAAUUUUGACAAAGAAAUAAGGGUUGCCACUGAAUGGGAUCAUUAUACUGACAUUCUUAGAGCACUCGAUACAAUAGUACCGACGCCCGCGGCGCCUGCAAAUGUAUGCAAAUUCUGUGGACAGCCCUAUUAUUGA